CCAGUAGGAGUCUCCAGCCUCCGAUAAUUUAACUUUCCAAACCGUUUUUCCCUGGCUUUCUCGAGAAAACAGAAUCCGAGCAACCAAACACCGAAGCCAUAGACUGAGAAUGGGAGCUUACCCCGGAUGCUCUGUUACUAUACUCUCGUCGCUCUGCGUGGCUUCGAUCCUCAUCGUUUCGAUUCUCUCACGCCCUUUUUUCAGUACGCUGGUGAGCUUCUCCGCGCCCCCGAAGUCGGAGUUCUCCGUACCAAUGGUGGAGUUGCAAAAGAAGAUCAAUAGCGAUGAUCAAGUCCGAGCUGUCGGUACCGGUGAUUCGCCUACCGGUUUUUACAUUAACCGGUUCGGGAACCGAACCUUAGUAAGAAAGAAAGUGAAACUUAGCAGAGAGCAAGAGCUGGAACAAGGACUCGCACACGCACGAGCUUCGAUUCGCAGAUCAGCAGCUUCAAAGCUCAAUCUCUCAGCAACCGUCAAAGGCGACGAUUACGUACCCUCCGGGAUUGUCUAUCGUAACUCCCGCACAUUUUACCAGAGCUAUUUAGAGAUGGAAAGAAGAUUCAAGGUGUACGUGUACCCGGAAGGGGACCUACCCAUCACCCACGAUGGUCCAUGCAAGGACAUCUACAGCAUCGAAGGGAGAUUCAUCCACGAGAUGGAGCACGGUAAUGGGAAUUUCAGGACGAGGGAUCCCCGCCGGGCUCACGUUUACUUCAUGCCCUUCAGCGUGACGUGGAUGGUGAAGUACCUCUACCAAAGUCUCUCUCACAAUCACAACCCUCUACUGGAGUUUGUCUCUGAUUAUGUGAGAGUGGUUUCCAUGAGGUACCCCUUCUGGAAUAGAACUCGUGGGGCGGACCAUUUCAUGCUUUCCUGUCAUGAUUGGGGUCCCAUUGCUUCGGGGGGCAAUCCCUUCCUCUACAACACAUCCAUCCGAGUCCUUUGCAAUGCCAACUCCUCCGAAGGCUUCAACCCUCAAAAAGACAUUAGCCUCCCUGAAAUUCACCUCUACAGCGGCAAAGUAUCUCCCAAAAUCGCUACUCCUCCACCGGACAAUACCUCACGUCCUCACCUUGCCUUCUUCGCCGGCGGAGUCCACGGCCCAAUCCGGCCAAUCCUUCUCCACCAUUGGAAAAACCGUGACAACGACCUCCGCGUCUACGAAUACCUCCCGAAAGACCUAGACUACUACUCCUUGAUGCUUCAGUCUAGGUUUUGUCUGUGCCCUAGCGGGCAUGAAGUGGCCAGCCCCAGAAUUGUGGAGGCCAUUUACGCCGAAUGUGUGCCGGUGAUUUUAUCAAAGAGUUAUGUGUUGCCCUUCAGUGAUGUGUUGCGGUGGGAGGCGUUUUCGAUUACAGUGGAUGUGUCGGAGAUUCCAAGACUGAAGGAGGUGUUGAGUGCAGUUCCGGAGGCAAGGUAUAGGAAGCUUAAGAAGGGUGUGAGGCUUGUGAGGAGGCAUUUUGUGUUGAACAAGCCGGCUAAAAGAUUUGAUGUGUUUCAUAUGAUUUUACACUCUAUAUGGCUUAGGAGAUUAAAUAUAAAGCUUGAUCAAUAGAUGUGUAUAUACACCUACUUGAAAGAAAUCAAACAAAUGUCUAAUUAU